AUGGCUCUCCUCGACGCUGCCGCGCCGCCGGCGGGGGGCCCGACUCUUUUUGGCAUGUCCAUGAAGCAGGUUUCUUUGAUCACGCUGACCUUCCAAAACUCAGCGUUGAUUCUGAUCAUGCAUUACUCCCGCAUCAUGCCUCCCGUGGGCGACCACCGAUACUUCACAUCCACCGCCGUGUUCCUCAACGAGGUCAUCAAGCUGUCCAUUUGCUUGACCUGUUCCAUCGCUGAAGUCUCGCGGACCUUGGCCCCUUCGACGCCUGCCACCGUCAUUUUCGAGCAAAUCUUCAAUUCUGUCUUCUCGGGCGACGGCUGGAAGCUUGCUAUCCCUGCCACACUAUACACUCUGCAGAACACCCUGCAGUACGUUGCCGUUGGUAAUCUGGACGCGGUGCACUUCCAAGUGCUUUACCAGCUCAAGAUCCUCGCAACAGCUGUCUUCUCCGUCACGAUGCUCCGACGCGCGCUCGGCAUGAAGCGUUGGAUCUCACUCUUCAUACUAACCCUGGGAGUCUCCAUUGUGUCGCUUCCCCAACCUUCUUCCGGAACCCAUGCCGAAUCCUCUUCUGCCGGCAUCCUUCUGCACGAUACCACGGACCAUUUCUUCCCCCGUUCCGUGCACGAGCUAGGUCAAGCCGCGGAGGGCGCUUCUGAGGUGGCCCGCGAGCUCACCAAGCGCGCCGCAAACGGGCUUGCUAGCGUUGGCGGAGAAAUCGUGAAGCGGUCGGCCUCGUACCAGGGCAUCCAGGAGGACCAGGAUCCGUCGCCGCUCAUGAACUACUCUAUUGGAUUGUCGGCCGUGCUCGUCGCUGCCGUCGCCUCGGGCCUUGCGGGUGUUUAUUUCGAGAAGAUGCUCAAGGACUCGCCGACCCCCGCCUCCGUCUGGACGCGCAACAUCCAGCUGUCAUUCUACUCGCUGUUUCCCGCUCUCGCCGGCAUCAUCUUCCUUGAUGGCGAAGACAUUACCAAGCAUGGCUUCUUUGAGGGCUACAACUCGGUUGUCUGGACCGCCAUUGUUUUCCAGGCCGUCGGCGGCGUCCUGGCCUCUCUAUGCAUCAAUUAUGCCGACAAUAUUGCAAAGAAUUUUGCAGCUAGCAUCAGUAUCGUUCUCAGCUUCAUGUUUAGUGUUUGGUUCUUCAAUUUCCAAGUCAAUUUCGCCUUUAUUAUCGGCACUGCGCUGGUCCUAGCCUCAACCUACCUCUACAGCAUUCCUGAGCGCAAGGGCCGCCCGCCACCAAUCACCAUUGCGAGCUACGAGAAGGCUACGAUCGACCCUGCUUACACGCCCGCGGUCACGGAUGAGGCCAAGCUCAACCUGGACCCACUCGAUGCGGUUCGCGGCAUGGGAUUGUCGUCGUCUAGGCCCGCGUCGCCCAUGUUGCACCACCACCGCGUUCCCUCGGCUAGGGGCAAGAACCGUGAUGACUAA